AUGAGGGGAUUGGUGAGUGGUGCGGCAGAGCAGGUGAGUGGUGCAGCAGAGCAGGUGAGUGGUGCAGCAGAGCAGGUGAGUGGUGCAGCAGAGCAGGUGAGUGGUGCGGCAGAGCAGGUGAGUGGUGCAGCAGAGCAGGUGAGUGGUGCAGCAGAGCAGGUGAGUGGUGCGGCAGAGCAGGUGAGUGGUGCAGCAGAGCAGGUGAGUGGUGCAGCAGAGCAGGUGAGUGGUGCGGCAGAGCAGGUGAGUGGUGCAGCAGAGCAGGUGAGUGGUGCAGCAGAGCAGGUGAGUGGUGCAGCAGAGCAGGUGAGUGGUGCAGCAGAGCAGGUGAGUGGUGCAGCAGAGCAGGUGAGUGGUGUGGCAGAGCAGGUGAGUGGUGCGGCAGAGCAGGUGAGUGGUGCGGCAGAGCAGGUGAGUGGUGCAGCAGAGCAGGUGAGUGGUGCAGCAGAGCAGGUGAGUGGUGCAGCAGAGCAGGUGAGUGGUGCAGCAGAGCAGGUGAGUGGUGCGGCAGAGCAGGUGAGUGGUGCAGCAGAGCAGGUGAGUGGUGCGGCAGAGCAGGUGAGUGGUGCAGCAGAGCAGGUGAGUGGUGCGGCAGAGCAGGUGAGUGGUGCGGCAGAGCAGGUGAGUGGUGCAGCAGAGCAGGUGAGUGGUGCGGCAGAGCAGGUGAGUGGUGCAGCAGAGCAGGUGAGUGGUGCGGCAGAGCAGGUGAGUGGUGCGGCAGAGCAGGUGAGUGGUGCAGCAGAGCAGGUGAGUGGUGCGGGAGAGCAGGUGAGUGGUGCAGCAGAGCAGGUGAGUGGUGCGGCAGAGCAGGUGAGUGGUGCAGCAGAGCAGGUGAGUGGUGCGGCAGAGCAGGUGAGUGGUGCGGCAGAGCAGGUGAGUGGUGCGGCAGAGCAGGUGAGUGGUGCGGCAGAGCAGGUGAGUAGUGCAGCAGAGCAGGUGAGUGGUGCGGCAGAGCAGGUGAGUGGUGCGGCAGAGCAGGUGAGUGGUGCGGCAGAGCAGGUGAGUGGUGCAGCAGAGCAGGUGAGUGGUGCAGCAGAGCAGGUGAGUGGUGCGGCAGAGCAGGUGAGUGGUGCAGCAGAGCAGGUGAGUGGUGCGGCAGAGCAGGUGAGUGGUGCGGCAGAGCAGGUGAGUGGUGCAGCAGAGCAGGUGAGUGGUGCAGCAGAGCUGGUGAGUGGUGCAGCAGAGCAGGUGAGUGGUGCGGCAGAGCAGGUGAGUGGUGCAGCAGAGCAGGUGAGUGGUGCGGCAGAGCAGGUGAGUGGUGCGGCAGAGCAGGUGAGUGGUGCAGCAGAGCAGGUGAGUGGUGCGGCAGAGCAGGUGAGUGGUGCAGCAGAGCAGGUGAGUGGUGCAGCAGAGCAGGUGAGUGGUGCGGCAGAGCAGGUGAGUGGUGCAGCAGAGCAGGUGAGUGGUGCGGCAGAGCAGGUGAGUGGUGCAGCAGAGCAGGUGAGUGGUGCAGCAGAGCAGGUGAGUGGUGCAGCAGAGCAGGUGAGUGGUGCGGCAGAGCAGGUGAGUGGUGCGGCAGAGCAGGUGAGUGGUGCGGCAGAGCAGGUGAGUGGUGCGGCAGAGCAGGUGAGUGGUGCAGCAGAGCAGGUGAGUGGUGCGGCAGAGCAGGUGAGUGGUGCAGCAGACCAGGUGAGUGGUGCGGCAGAGCAGGUGAGUGGUGCAGCAGAGCAGGUGAGUGGUGCAGCAGAGCAGGUGAGUGGUGCGGCAGAGCAGGUGAGUGGUGCGGCAGAGCAGGUGAGUGGUGCGGCAGAGCAGGUGAGUGGUGCGGCAGAGCAGGUGAGUGGUGCAGCAGAGCAGGUGAGUGGUGCGGCAGAGCAGGUGAGUGGUGCGGCAGAGCAGGUGAGUGGUGCGGCAGAGCAGGUGAGUGGUGCAGCAGAGCAGGUGAGUGGUGCGGCAGAGCAGGUGAGUGGUGCAGCAGAGCAGGUGAGUGGUGCAGCAGAGCAGGUGAGUGGUGCGGCAGAGCAGGUGAGUGGUGCAGCAGAGCAGGUGAGUGGUGCAGCAGAGCAGGUGAGUGGUGCGGUAGAGCAGGUGAGUGGUGCGGCAGAGCAGGUGAGUGGUGCAGCAGAGCAGGUGAGUGGUGCGGCAGAGCAGGUGAGUGGUGUGGCAGAGCAGGUGAGUGGUGCAGCAGAGCAGGUGAGUGGUGCAGCAGAGCAGGUGAGUGGUGCGGCAGAGCAGGUGAGUGGUGCAGCAGAGCAGGUGAGUGGUGCAGCAGAGCAGGUGAGUGGUGCGGCAGAGCAGGUGAGUGGUGCAGCAGAGCAGGUGAGUGGUGCGGCAGAGCAGGUGAGUGGUGCGGCAGAGCAGGUGAGUGGUGCAGCAGAGCAGGUGAGUGGUGCGGCAGAGCAGGUGAGUGGUGCAGCAGAGCAGGUGAGUGGUGCAGCAGAGCAGGUGAGUGGUGCGGCAGAGCAGGUGAGUGGUGCAGCAGAGCAGGUGAGUGGUGCGGCAGAGCAGGUGAGUGGUUCAGCAGAGCAGGUGAGUGGUGCGGCAGAGCAGGUGAGUGGUGCAGCAGAGCAGGUGAGUGGUGCAGCAGAGCAGGUGAGUGGUGCGGCAGAGCAGGUGAGUGGUGCACCAGAGCAGGUGAGUGGUGCGGCAGAGCAGGUGAGUGGUGCAGCAGAGCAGGUGAGUGGUGCGGCAGAGCUGGUGAGUGGUGCGGCAGAGCAGGUGAGUGGUGCAGCAGAGCAGGUGAGUGGUGCGGCAGAGCAGGUGAGUGGUGCGGCAGAGCAGGUGAGUGGUGCAGCAGAGCAGGUGAGUGGUGCGACAGAGCAGGUGAGUGGUGCAGCAGAGCAGGUGAGUGGUGCGGCAGAGCAGGUGAGUGGUGCAGCAGAGCAGGUGAGUGGUGCGGCAGAGCAGGUGAGUGGUGCAGCAGAGCAGGUGAGUGUUGCAGCAGAGCAGGUGAGUGGUGCGGCAGAGCAGGUGAGUGGUGCACCAGAGCAGGUGAGUGGUGCGGCAGAGCAGGUGAGUGGUGCAGCAGAGCACGUGAGUGGUGCGGCAGAGCUGGUGAGUGGUGCGGCAGAGCAGGUGAGUGGUGCAGCAGAGCAGGUGAGUGGUGCGGCAGAGCAGGUGAGUGGUGCGGCAGAGCAGGUGAGUGGUGCAGCAGAGCAGGUGAGUGGUGCGACAGAGCAGGUGAGUGGUGCAGCAGAGCAGGUGAGUGGUGCGGCAGAGCAGGUGAGUGGUGCGGCAGAGCUGGUGAGUGGUGCGGCAGAGCAGGUGAGUGGUGCAGCAGAGCAGGUGAGUGGUGCAGCAGAGCAGGUGAGUGGUGCGGCAGAGCAGGUGAGUGGUGCACCAGAGCAGGUGAGUGGUGCGGCAGAGCAGGUGAGUGGUGCUGCAGAGCAGGUGAGUGGUGCUGCAGAGCAGGUGAGUGGUGCGACAGAGCAGGUGAGUGGUGCGGCAGAGCAGGUGAGUGGUGCAGCAGAGCAGGUGAGUGGUGCGGCAGAGCAGGUGAGUGGUGCGGCAGAGCAGGUGAGUGGUGCGGCAGAGCAGGUGAGUGGUGCGGCAGAGCAGGUGAGUGGUGCGGCAGAGCAGGUGAGUGGUGCGGCAGAGCAGGUGAGUGGUGCGGCAGAGCAGGUGAGUGGUGCAGCAGAGCAGGUGAGUGGUGCGGCAGAGCAGGUGAGUGGUGCAGCAGAGCAGGUGAGUGGUGCGGCAGAGCAGGUGAGUGGUGCAGCAGAGCAGGUGAGUGGUGCAGCAGAGCAGGUGAGUGGUGCGGCAGAUCAGUCAUUGACUCAAUCUGCUCCUCAUUCUCUCAGCUCCUCUUCUUCCAUUCUCUCCCUCACACACUUUCCUUUCCCCCCUCUCUCCCUGUUUCCCUCCCUCCUUCCCUCCCUCUCUCCCUCUUUCCCUCCCUCCUUCCCUACAUUGACUCAAUCUGCUCCUCAUUCUCUCAGCUCCUCUCCUUCCAUUCUCUCCCUCACACACUUUCCAUCCCCCCUCUCUCCCUCUUUCCCUCCCUCCUUCCCUCCCUCUCUCCCUCUUUCCCUCCCUCCUUCCCUCCCUCUCUCCCUCCUUUCAUCAGAAGCUGUGCUCGCACGAACCUUGCAGCACCGCUCUCCACCUCUGGACGGCACCGAGUCCUCUCCCACUCCCCCCACUCCCAAUCGCCUGGAGCUCUGCCUCGUUCAGAGCCGUGAUGACAUUAUAAGCCCGCCUGUUGUAGCCGCUGCGCGCGCUCUCCGCCCACAUCGCGUAAAAACGGACCAGGCGGGUAUCGCGAUAGUUUCCCUCAGCUUUCCGCUCUAUCGCCGCGUUCCUUCCGUCCCUAGUCCCUCCCCGCGCUGCGCGCGCUCUCCGUCCACAGCGCGUGACGCGGACCCUACUUGUCUCCCGGGUCUCUCGGGUGCCCCACUCAGGCUUCUCUCAGCUGUCCCUUUCAGCUGCCCCUCUCAGGUGUCUCUCAGGUUCCCCUCUCAGGUGCCCAUCCCAGGUGUCUCUCCAAUGUCUCUCAGCAAGGUGGCCAGGUUCCCCCGGCAGCUGGUGAGUGGUGCGGCAGAGCAGGUGAGUGGUGCGGCAGAGCAGGUGAGUGGUGCGGCAGAGCAGGUGAGUGGUGCGGCAGAGCAGGUGAGUGGUGCGGCAGAGCAGAUGAGUGGUGCGGCAGAGCAGGUGAGUGGUGCGGCAGAGCAGGUGAGUGGUGCAGCAGAGCAGGUGAGUGGUGCGGCAGAGCAGGUGAGUGGUGCGGCAGAGCAGGUGAGUGGUGCGGCAGAGCAGGUGAGUGGUGCGGCAGAGCAGGUGAGUGGUGCGGCAGAGCAGGUGAGUGGUGCGGCAGAGCAGGUGAGUGGUGCGGCAGAGCAGGUGAGUGGUGCAGCAGAGCAGGUGAGUGGUGCAGCACAGCAGGUGAGUGGUGCGGCAGAGCAGGUGAGUGGUGCAGCAGAGCAGGUGAGUGGUGCGGCAGAGCAGGUGAGUGGUGCAGCAGAGCAGGUGAGUGGUGCGGCAGACCAGGUGAGUGGUGCGGCAGAGCAGGUGAGUGGUGCAGCAGAGCAGGUGAGUGGUGCAGCAGAGCAGGUGAGUGGUGCGGCAGAGCAGGUGAGUGGUGCAGCAGAGCAGGUGAGUGGUGCAGCAGAGCAGGUGAGUGGUGCAGCAGAGCAGGUGAGUGGUGCUGCAGAGCAGGUGAGUGGUGCGGCAGAGCAGGUGAGUGGUGCGGCAGAGCAGGUGAGUGGUGCGGCAGAGCAGGUGAGUGGUGCGGCAGAGCAGGUGAGUGGUGCGGCAGAGCAGGUGAGUGGUGCGGCAGAACAGGUGAGUGGUGCGGCACAGCAGGUGAGUGGUGCGGCAGAGCAGGUGAGUGGUGUGGCAGAGCAGGUGAGUGGUGCGGCAGAGCAGGUGAGUGGUGCGGCAGAGCAGGUGAGUGGUGCGGCAGAGCAGGUGAGUGGUGCGGCAGAGCAGGUGAGUGGUGCGGCAGAGCAGGUGAGUGGUGCGGCAGAGCAGAUGAGUGGUGCGGCAGAGCAGGUGAGUGGUGCGGCAGAGCAGGUGAGUGGUGCAGCAGAGCAGGUGAGUGGUGCGGCAGAGCAGGUGAGUGGUGCGGCAGAGCAGGUGAGUGGUGCGGCAGAGCAGGUGAGUGGUGCGGCAGAGCAGGUGAGUGGUGCGGCAGAGCAGAUGAGUGGUGCGGCAGAGCAGGUGAGUGGUGCGGCAGAGCAGGUGAGUGGUGCGGCAGAGCAGGUGAGUGGUGCGGCAGAGCAGGUGAGUGGUGCGGCAGAGCAGGUGAGUGGUGCAGCAGAGCAGGUGAGUGGUGCAGCAGAGCAGGUGAGUGGUGCAGCAGAGCAGGUGAGUGGUGCGGCAGAGCAGGUGAGUGGUGCAGCAGAGCAGGUGAGUGGUGCGGCAGAGCAGGUGAGUGGUGCGGCAGAGCAGGUGAGUGGUGCAGCAGAGCAGGUGAGUGAUGCGGCAGAGCAGGUGAGUGGUGCAGCAGAGCAGGUGAGUGGUGCGGCAGAGCAGGUGAGUGGUGCGGCAGAGCAGGUGAGUGGUGCAGCAGAGCAGGUGAGUGGUGCGGCAGAGCAGGUGAGUGGUGCAGCAGAGCAGGUGAGUGGUGCAGCAGAGCAGGUGAGUGGUGCAGCAGAGCAGGUGAGUGGUGCAGCAGAGCAGGUGAGUGGUGCGGCAGAGCAGGUGAGUGGUGCAGCAGAGCAGGUGAGUGGUGCGGCAGAGCAGGUGAGUGGUGCGGCAGAGCAGGUGAGUGGUGCGGUAGAGCAGGUGAGUGGUGCAGCAGAGCAGGUGAGUGGUGCGGCAGAGCAGGAGAGUGGUGCAGCAGAGCAGGUGAGUGGUGCAGCAGAGCAGGUGAGUGGUGCGGCAGAGCGGGUGAGUGGUGCAGCAGAGCAGGUGAGUGGUGCAGCAGAGCAGGUGAGUGGUGCGGCAGAGCAGGAGAGUGGUGCGGCAGAGCAGGUGAGUGGUGCAGCAGAGCAGAUGAGUGGUGCAGCAGAGCAGGAGAGUGGUGCAGCAGAGCAGGUGAGUGGUGCAGCAGAGCAGGUGAGUGGUGCGGCAGAGCAGGAGAGUGGCGCGGCAGAGCAGGUGAGUGGUGCGGCAGAGCAGGUGAGUGGUGCGGCAGAGCAGGUGAGUGGUGCGGCAGAGCAGGUGAGUGGUGCAGCAGAGCAGGUGAGUGGUGCGGCAGAGCAGGUGAGUGGUGCAGCAGAGCAGGUGAGUGGUGCAGCAGAGCAGGUGAGUGGUGCAGCAGAGCAGGUGAGUGGUGCGGCAGAGCAGGUGAGUGGUGCGGCAGAGCAGGUGAGUGGUGCAGCAGAGCAGGUGAGUGGUGCAGCAGAGCAGGUGAGUGGUGCAGCAGAGCGAUGA